AUGUUUUUUAAUCGAACUCUCAUUCGCCAUUAUCACAAACAGAGACCUCACAAGCCUACCAAGGCUCUCCUCCGAAAACGGAUACCUUUCGUCACUGACCUCAAAGACAUUCAAAGCCCAGAUGAAGCUCUCGCUCUCUUCCGCGAUUACUGCGAAACUGGCGGUUUUAAGCACGACUACCCUUCUUAUUCUUCCCUCAUUUACAAACUUGCACGUAGAAGAAACUACGAAGCAGUCGAAACCCUUCUUCAACAACUCCAGCACUAUAACGUUAAAUGUAAAGAAGCUUUGUUCAUCGGAUUAAUUCAGCAUUACGGAAAGUCUGGUUUGCCUGACAAAGCCAUCGAAUUGUUUCGGAAAAUGCCGUCGUUUGAUUGCUACCGUUCAUUACAGUCGUUAAAUACAAUUCUCAAUACAUUGCUUGAGAAUGGAAGGUUUAAUGAUGCGGAUGGGAUGUUCAAGUCUUGCUCCAAAAUGGGAUUUCGACCAAAUGCGGUGACAUUUAAUAUCAUGAUCAAGGGGUGGCUUGCAAAGGGCGAGUGGGAUGAAGCACGUAAGGUGUUCGAUGAAAUGCAUGAGAGAGAGGUCGAACCUACAGUUGUAACUUACAAUUGUCAAAUCGGAUUUUGGAGUAAAAGGGGCAAGUUUUCCGAGGCUAAGACUUUGUUUGAUGAAAUUAUUAGAAAAGGGAAAAAACCAAAUGCUAUAUCAUAUGCCUUAUUAAUGGAGUGUUUGUGCUCACAAGAAAAGUUCAAGGAAGCGAAAAAGAUGAUGUUUGAUAUGGAAUACCAAGGAUGCAAAACACGGCUUGUGAAUUACGGAAUCUUGAUGAACGAUCUUGCUAAAAGGGGAAACUUUAAUGAAGCUAAAUCUUUACUUCUUGAAAUGAAGAAAAGGCGAAUCAAGCCAGAUGUUGUAAUGUACAACAUAUUGAUCAAUUACCUAUGUAAGGAAAGUAAAGUUGGGGAAGCUUACAAGAUCUUGGUUGAGAUGCAGGUUGAUGGGUUUGAGCCAAAUGCAGCCACGUAUAGAAUGAUAGUUGAUGGUUUUUGUAGAAAUGGAGAAUUUGAUGAGGGGUUGAAGGUUUUAAACGCUAUGAUGAUGAGUAAUCAUUGUGCGCGUGUGGAAACGUUUUGUUGUUUGGUUGUUGGGUUGAUUAAGAAUGGGAAGAUGGAAGAUGGUUGGUUUGUUAUGGAGGAGAUGGUGAAAAGACGAAUGUGCCCUGAUCUGGGGUCUUGGGAAGCAUUGGUUGCAAGCACUUGCGGUGGGGAUAAAAGUGGGCAUGUGAUUGUCACCGACUUGGUUUCAGCAAGCUGA